AUGAAUCCAUUAGCAGUCAUUAAAGUUAAAAUAAUUCGUAUUCUAUACCUAAUUGAAAAAGAAAGCAAAGCAUUUGAAACCCAACUUGAAAAAGUGAGAUUUUAGCAUUUGAAAGUCUCAAAACAACCAAAUUGAAAUCGGAAAUAGAAUUGAGAAGAGAUUGAAAUCUAAAUUAUAAGGAUACUUGAUUGGGAAGCUUUCUGAUAAAUUUUAAUAAUUUAGGUUGUAUACUAGAUAUCUGAUAUUCAGGCUGAAGGGAUUAUCAGAUAUAAAUAAAUAAAGAAGAUUUCUAAAUCUCUAGUGAACGAUCUACCAAAUUGUAUGACAUAGUGAAACAGAGGUAUAAGACAGAGAAGAUAGUGACAAUAGAACCUUUAAAAGAGCAGGGGAUGAAAUACUUAGUCUUAUUGAAGGAUUGUCAAAUCAAAAAAAUUGAGGUAUAUCUUGACUGUAGAACAUUGUUUGAGAAGAAUCAGUAACCGUCAGCUUUGGAAUGCUCAAGGAUCUCUAGAGUUAAGAGUAAAGUGUGAAAUAUAAAUGCAGGAAAAAUUCAGAGAAGAAGCUCAAGCAUCAUAAUUUAGGUUUACUAAAAGAUUCAAAAAUAAAAAAUACAUCGCAGCUAAAGCCUGA